UAUGGCGGACAAACACCGCGCCAGAAAGAAUUGGAGAUGUACUUUAGAAAGAGCGGAAAAAUUCAUUUCCCCGCAGUAUUUCGCUGAUGUUAACUUGUUUAGCAGGUUAUAUCCUAAGAAACUGCCUGUAAGUUCUCUGACUCACUAUGCAGCUCGUGGCAGAGUCCCAUACAGUGAAGCUGUCUGUGGAAAGUUUGUAGAGGCACAAGUGGGAAACAGUUAUGGUCCAACAUGGUCCACACAUUGGUUCAAAGUUGUUAUGGACAUUCCUCAAGAGUGGACAGGAGAAGAAGUGCACUUCAGAUGGAACUCUGGAUCAGAGGCCAUGGUGUGGCAAGAAGGAAAACCCAAACAGGGCUUAACAGGUGGUGAUGGACAUCAACAGCGUACAGACUAUGUCCUCUCCACCAAAGCAACUCCUGGAAGCUGUACCUUGUACGUGGAAAUGGCGGCCAAUGGUAUGUUUGGUGCUGGGAAAGAUGGCUUGAUAAAUGCACCGGACCCGAAAAGACACUACACGCUGUCCAUGGCUGAAAUUGCUGUGUUUAAAGCUGAAGUUUACGAAGUUUUAAUGGAUCUUACUGUUCUCAUUGACUUAGCUAAGAAUCUCCCACAAGAGAGCCCAAGAGCAUUUCAAGCUCUUUACACAGCAAACGAUAUUGUAAACGCCUGCCAGGAUUUGUCCAAUAAAGCAUCACUUCAGAGAGCUCACGAGAUUGCUGCAAGAUUCCUCACGCAAACUAACGGUGAAUCACAGCACCAGGUUCACGCGGUCGGUAACUGCCAUAUUGACUGUGCGUGGUUGUGGCCUGUUGCCGAGACAGUAAGGAAGUGUGGACGAAGUUUCGCCACUGCUGUACGCUUGAUGGAAAAAUACCCUGACUUCAAAUUUGUCUGUUCACAGGCGCAGCAACUAGAGUGGGUAAAAAUCCAUUACCCGACUUUGUUUGACGAAAUUAAAGUAUUUGUUUCUAAAGGACAAUUUAUCCCUGUUGGUGGAACUUGGGUUGAAAUGGAUGGUAAUAUUCCAAGUGGGGAAUCUUUCAUUCGCCAGUUUUUAGUUGGACAAGAUUUUUAGCGGAAAGAAUUUGGGCAAGUUUGUCAAGAGUUUUGGUUACCAGACACCUUUGGUUACUCUGCCCAAUUGCCGCAGAUAAUUCGUGGAGUAGGAAUGAAGUACUUCCUAACAAUGAAACUGAGCUGGAGUCUAAUCAAUAAAUUCCCAUUUCACACAUUCUUUUGGGAGGGAAUAGAUGGAUCAAGGUGUCUCGCGCACUUUCCUCCUGCAGACACGUACGAGUCUCGUGCAAACGCUGCUGAUGUUAUAAAGACAGUGAGACAACUGAAAGACAAAGGGAAAGCUCAUGCCAGUAUGUUGUUGUACGGCCACGGAGAUGGCGGCGGAGGACCCUCGGAGGAUAUGUUAGAAAUGUUGAAAAGAAUGGAAGAUGUAGAUGGCUGCCCGAAGGUGAAGCUGUCAGAUCCUCAUGAAUUCUUCCAUUCCCUUGAAUCACGUGACGGUGACAAGCUGUGCACGUGGGUUGGUGAGUUGUACUUGGAACUCCAUCAAGGAACGUACACCACGCAGGCGCAGAUCAAACGAGAAAAUCGCCAAAGUGAAUUCCUUCUUCAUGACUCGGAACUCAUGUCCACUCUUUCUUUCAUAUUGGGAGGUAACAAUGCAGAUCUUUAUCCGACUGAAGAAUACCUAAGGAUCUGGAAACUUAUGCUUUUAAAUCAGUUUCAUGACAUUUUACCAGGAAGCUGUAUCAAAGAGGCAGCCGACGACGCUCUGACAAGUUAUAAAGAAAUUCUUAAAAGUACCGCUCGAAUUUUCAACGACAGCUGCUCAAAGGUUAUAUCUCAGCUGAACUCUGGGAAAGAUAAAUGCGUCACCAAACCAGUUCUUGUCAACACGCUCAGUUGGCCUCGAUCUGAAGUAGUAACCAUUCCCAAGGAAUUGUGGGAACGCUUAUCAGCAAAAGAACAGUCGUCACUGAAAACGCAGAUAUCACAAGAAGGAGAAAACCUCCUUUUGGUUUCUGUUUCAAGCACAAGCAUAUCCAACGCAGUUGAAACAACGACCGUGUUCCAUCCAGUUUCUGUGUCAUUUGACAAGACACAGGGAUCUUUCACGUUGGAAAACGCAUUGAUUCGAGUUGAAUUGGUCCGAGGGGGUCUGGUAAGAAGUCUUGUACACAAGGCGAGUGGCAGGGAGGCUAUCAGCCCAGGGUAUUCUGGAAACCAGUUUAUUCUGUUUGACGAUGUUCCAUUGUUUUGGGAUGCUUGGGAUGUGAUGCCAUAUUACUUGGAAACGAGGAAACUAUUGCUUCCAACAUCCUCUGAAGAGUUCAAGAUUAUGGAGGAAGGGCCGCUUAGAGUCUCAGUCGAGUUUUCUAUAAGGAUCAGCGAACGCAGUUCUUUGAGGCAAACGGUAUCUUUGGAUGCUGACUUACCAUAUGUUAAAUUCCACACAAAGGUUGAAUGGCACGAGAAUCGAAAGUUUCUUAAGGUGGAAUUUCCAGUGGAUGUUCACUCGAUGAACGCGACUUACGAGAUUCAGUUUGGUCACUUACAACGGCCUACGCAUUGCAAUACUUCUUGGGACUGGGCCAAGUACGAGGUCUGUGGUCAAAAGUGGGUUGACUUGUCCGAGCACGAAUGGGGCGUGGCACUCUUGACUAACUGCAAGUAUGGCUAUUCUACUCAUGGCAACGUCAUGUACAUCUCACUGCUUCGUGCUCCUAAAGCCCCGGAUGAGGAAGCUGAUAUGGGAUCGCACGAGUUCUCUUAUGCAGUUUAUCCCCAUACAGGUACAUUUCAAAGUGCUGGUGUCAUUCAGCAGGCUUACAACUUCAAUCAGCCAAUCUCCGUUACACCUGGUUCUGUUUGUCAGGGAUUUAAGGAAAGAUCCUUCUUUCACGUUGACAAUCCAGCCGUGAUACUGGAAACAGUGAAAAAGGCGGAAUCAAUUUCAUCAGCAGCGGUUGUUCGACUCUACGAGGCAUUUGGAGGUCACGUUCGUGUCAGACUCACCACCAGUCUCCCGGUCAAGAGGGCUGUAAAAUGCAAUCUCCUGGAAGUCUUGGAAGACUGUGGUGAAGUCCCGUUAUCAUGUGGUCACGUAGAUCUUAGUUUUCGACCAUUUCAAAUAACAACGCUGCUGCUAUUUUUUUGAAUAAGCCCACUUUCUUGUGGUUGAGGUAACCUUAGCUAUUCAAACUUAUCCAUCAGGGCCCAGUUGUACAAAGGGCGGAUAAUGUUGUCCGACGGGUAAAUCGCUAUCCAGCGGAUAAGUGAUAGCAAAUCGUACUGCACUAUCCACCAGAAAAGGAUUUAUCCAGUUCUUCAGCUUCAGUCACAUUUUUAAGACGUUUCCCAGCGCGAUGGCACAGUGGGGAGGAAAAAUAUAGUUAAUAAACUAUGCUAGUAUUGUUCAUAUUUUAGGCUCUCCCCGAAAGGGUAUUUUGCAUACUUUAAGUCUUUUCCAGCAUACAGUUGGUCUAGAGGUCAUGAUCCGACUUGAUAGUCAUUACUCAUUUUAGUUUACUUGCCGCUGGGAGUUUUUGAGGGGGGCAAUCUGAUGAAAUUUUUCAUUUUCUCCUAGUAAGAAAUCAUUUACGCUGCUGACCUCCUUCAUAGAUGGUGGGCGUAAUUGUCAUUGUUUCAUAAACGUGUAUAUUUGCCCUCUUAGACUGGACCGUAUGGUUGAAAACAACAAAUUUUCUCCGAAAAUUGGUCCAACAUGGCUAAUUUUCAUUCUCAUUAAAGAAUUGUAGUUUGUCAUACCUGCGCUUCUGAUAAAGGUCUUUUGCGCCCUUACGUGAUUAAUACUAGACGCAUGGCUGCCCGCUUGUUAGUCGGUGCUAAAUCAAGAGACAGUAUAACACCUAUACUUAUGAAACUUCAUUGGCUCCCGGUCACAAAACGAAUUCAAUUCAAGAUACUGUUGAUAACAUACAAAGCACUAAAUGACAUGGCUCCAACCUAUCUUGUUGAACUUCUUAGUCGAUAUAUUCCAGCACGAAACCUCCGUUC